AUGAAUGAGAUGGAGGGUGUGUUGGUGCCUGAGGACCCCCUGGGGAGGUGGCUGUCUCUGGCCCAGGAGACCAGCCCCACUACACGUGGAGCAGACAGGGAAAUUGCAGCAUACCUGAUCACAUUUGAGAAACAUGAAGAAUGGCUUACCACAUCACCGAAGACCAGGCCACAGAAUGGUUCUAUGAUCCUGUAUAAUCGUAAGAAGGUGAAGUACAGGAAGGAUGGCUACUGCUGGAAGAAGAGGAAGGAUGGGAAGACCACCAGAGAGGACCACAUGAAGCUGAAGGUCCAGGGCGUGGAGUGUCUCUAUGGCUGCUACGUCCACUCUUCCAUCAUCCCCACCUUCCAUCGCCGAUGCUAUUGGCUGCUUCAGAACCCAGACAUUGUGCUUGUCCACUACCUGAACGUCCCUGCUGUGGACGACAGUGGGAAGCCGUGCGGGCCUGUCCUGUGCUCCAUCAACACAGACAGGAAGGAAUGGGCCAAGUGGAGCAAGGAGGAGCUGAUUGGCCAGCUCAAACCCAUGUGUGCUGGGAGCAGCCUGCAUCAGAAGUGCUCCAGUGUCAAACAGCGCAUCAUCUCAUCCAAGCAGGAGCCCGGGGCAGCAGCAGGGGCCGCAGCAGGGGCCGGGGCGGGGGCCGGGGCAGGGACCGGGGCGGGGGCAAGGGCAGGGGUAGCAGAUGGCUCAGAGGUCCAGAACAGUGACGUGUCCGAGGGCCAGACUGAGCCUGCUCCUGGAGGGGCCAGGGGCAGAGGGGGUGGUGAGAGGAGGAACGGUAGGGUGCCCAAGCCCUCCCUCCUUCCACAGAGCAGCAUGGAGGUGUCCUCCUCCACCUCCACCAGCCAGGUCGAGGUCCCCGAUACCACCCAGAGCUCCCCUCUGUCAAUCACCAGCGACAUGGCCGACAGCCCUGCCCUCGCCAUGGGUGGCAGCCUAUCACAGAGCACCGCUGCAGUCUUCAUGUCAGAAGUCACCACUCUAACAGGGGACUCAGUGUAUCCCGCAAGCCACGCCCAUCUUCUAGCCUCUGCCCAUGAGAACGCGUCCGCUGGGAUUCUUUUGGCUGUUGCCCCCGACAACCAGCGGUUUGCGUCGUUCCCCGGCGGGGUUGGUCUGGGGGAAGGCGGGGAGCUAGUCCUGUCCAGCACCCUGGACUCUGGAGGCAUCAACCUACCUGAAACAACCAUGAACUUUGACCCUGACUGCUUCCUGAACAACCCCAAGCAGGGCCAGACAUAUGGAGGGGGAGGGGGGAAGGCAGACGGGGGGUCUGGGUUGGGGGUCUGUAAUGAUGACACUGGGGGGCUUCACUGCUCUUCAGCUAAUGGCUACGUCUUCAACCCAGCGCUGGUCAACAACAUCAAGACAGAACCCACCCCCUUGGAGCAGCCACUGUCCAGUCAGAGCGGGUAUGUAGGAGAGGGGGCGGGCCUUAGCCCCAGCACUACGUUGGAGCAGAUGGACUUUAGUGCAGUGAUGUCAUCAGCAUGUGUCCAGAAUCUGUCUCAACCAACACAUCACCCCUCCCCCAGCCUCUUCCUUCAGGGCUCCCCCCACACCCAGCCCUCCUUGCCCCAGCCCAAUGGUCAUGAGGCUGGGCAGGAUUCAGGAAAGACCCAGGCCUAUAUUGGCCUACCCACAGUACAAGAUGACUCUACUCUAGCCAAUGGCGACCAACACACAAACCUCCACCAGCCUAGCCCGGAGCAGCAGGGUCUGUGUGGGAGAGCUGGGCAGGCAGGAGGAGAGGAGCAGUCCACCAGUAUGGGUGCAGGGGAGGCGGGAGGCCUAGAGAAAGGGUCAGAGAAUGGGGGAGAGUUACUUGUCAAGCCUGGGGAUUCACAUGAGGCCUACAGGAGUGGCGUAGGACAAGAGCACUACCUCCAGCCUACGGAUAAGAGUGGGGCUGGAGAGGGAGGAGGAGGGGGAGGGGGGCAAAGGGAGGUCCUGUGUAAUGGAGUAGCGUUGGCAGGGGCUAGCAGCUCAGCGAUGGACAGCUCUCAGCUAGUGACUGGAGCAGGCUUGGAGGACACAGCGGGCAUGGAGGGGGCGCUCUACGGCUCUACUCUCCCCCAGCAGGGUGGGGGGUUGUCAGGGGUAGAAGGGGCAGCGGGUGGGGCUAUCAGCCUGGAGGGUUUCGAAGCUUCGUUUGGAAGCCAGUUCUCUGACCUGAUCAACGACUUCAUCUCGGUGGAGGGGGGUGGAGGGGGGGCGGCUGGCGGGGUUCUGAUGCCCCAGGAAGGGGCAGUAGAGGGGCAGGGGGCAGGAGCAGCCCCCCUGCAGGGCUCAGCUGUGGAGCAGGGAACUCUGGGACUGCUUCAGGAAGCUGCCAGGCUGUUUGGAGUGACAGACUACUCUCCUGAAUGGUCUUACCCUGAGGGAGGGGUCAAGGUGUUAAUAACAGGGCCCUGGCUGGAGUCCAGCAGUGAGUACAGCUGUCUGUUUGACCACAUCAGUGUUCCUGCUGCCCUUAUACAGCCUGGGGUACUACGUUGUUACUGCCCAGCCCAUGAUACAGGUCUGGUGAUGCUGCAGGUAGUUAUGGGUGGUGAGGUGAUCUCAUCCUCUGUGGUGUUUGAGUACAAGGCUCGUGACCUUCCAGCAUUACCAUCAUCACAGCAUGACUGGCUCUCCUUGGAUGAUACCCAGUUCAGAAUGUCCAUUCUGGAGCGUUUGGAGCAGAUGGAACAGAGGAUGGCGGAGAUAACCAAUCACAAUCAGAGUUCUGAAACCACGGCAACCAAAGCUGGGUGCGUGGAGGUCACAGAUCACCAGUCUCAGCUCUCCCCUGAACAGGGUUCCUUCGAGGGCCGUGUGGUGGUGGUGUGUGAGAAGAUGAUGUCCCGCCCUUGUUGGGUUUCGUCCAACCAGCUGGUUCACAGCAAGAGCUCCAGGGGAAUGACCUUGCUGCAUCUGGCAGCUGCCCAGGGAUACGCAGGGUUAAUACAGACCCUCAUCCGCUGGCGCACCAAGCAUGCAGACAGCUUAGAUCUGGAGCUGGAGGUUGACCCUCUGAAUGUUGAUCAUUUCUCCUGCACACCACUGAUGUGGGCGUGUGCGUUGGGUCACACUGAGGCAGCAUUGGUGUUAUAUCAGUGGGACCCCAGAGCUUUGGCCAUUCCUGAUUCGCUGGGUCGGCUGCCACUCAACAUCGCUCGUUCGCGUGGACACACCCGAUUGGCUGAGCUCUUAGAGCAGCUGCAACAGGCUCCUGCCACUCAAGGCCCUCCCACCAACACUUGGAUGGACAGGUGGAGCAGUGAAUCCCACUCCAGAGGAGCAGGGGACAACGUCAGCCCCAACCCUAACUCAGAUCUAAGGAGAUCCAGGACAGAGACCCAGCCUGGCACCCAGAGCCAGAGCCAGGACCAGGGCUGGAGCCAGCAGGGACGCAGAGGCUCCCAGGACCACCAGGGAGACCCUCCUCCAGCCAAGAGACUCAAGCCCAACCCAGAGAGCCAACAGCAGACAACUAACAUUACCCACUGUCCUGCUGACGGUCCACAUUCUCACCCUCCUAACACCACACACACUCAAACCCCCAAUUCAGGCUUCAUGCACCCUCCUUGCCACAGACCCAGCCCCAGCCCUCCUUGUCUCCCCAGCCCCCAACACAUGCAGCCCAGGUUUGGGGGGUCUGGGGGAGGCAGUAGGUGGAGUUUGAGGCAGGCCCUUGGACGAAGAAGUUUGGCCAGGAGAAUUCUUGGAAAGGAGAGACUUGGCAGUCACCUACGUCAGAGGGUGUUGUCUGGAAGGGGGGAGGAGUCAGAGCUUCUGACCUAUCAAGAGAACACUGAAGAUUUACAGAUGGACAUGAUAACACUAGCUGAACAUAUCAUGGAGGCCACUCCUGACAGGAUCAAACAAGAGAACUUUGUUGCUACGGAGACAGAGACAACCACAGAGAAGAUGGAGGGUAGUGCUGACAUCAGUUUGUUGGCUGGUUUCCUUGGUGAUGUGGAGAGGCUUCUGCACCCCAGAUCCCAGAACCCCAACCCAAGAGCAGGUCCCAUCUCUGGGUGUGAGGGCCAGGAGAUUCCCUUGGCUCUGCAAGGUCCCUCAUUCCUGUCUGACUGGAGCUCCUUCCUGCAUGCAGCCCUCAAAGAAGAAAGACUGAAAGCAGACUCCUCCCAUCUGACCAUGACGGAGGCGGAGCAGAGAGAGCUGUAUGAGACCAUGAAAAACGCCCUCCACACCCUCAGAAAGCUCAAGGGUCCCAUCCAGGAGAAGCGGAAAGAGAUUGAAGCAGUCGUCCAGCGCUGCUAUAAGAAAUACAAACAGUAUGCACUUUAUAAGAGGAUGACUCUGGCAGCCAUCCUGAUCCAGAGUCGCUUCCGGAGUUUCCAUGAGCAGCGGAAGUUCCAACAGAGUCGCCGAGCAGCAGUCCUCAUUCAGCAAUACUACCGCUCUUACAGGCACUCUCUCAGCUGUCUCCUCACUAAGAAGCAGAACCAGGCCGCCCGCAAGAUCCUGAGGUUCCUGCUCCGGUGCCGUCACAGCCCCUUGAUGGACCAUAGGCCUCUUAAACGGGGCCAAAGAGCAGAGAAAGGCCAGGGAUCCUGAGAGUCCACCGCCAAACCCAACAUACAGCCCCCUCAGCCUCUAAGGAACCACUCCACGCCUUCAUCUCUCUCCCCUGACCCUCCUUCACUCCUUCACUCCACACUCCUCUCUUUGUCGACACAUUUCCCCUCAACAUCCACCAAUCUCCUCUGCCAUCUCAGCCCCUUACCCUUCUGCUACAUUCCUCCCCCCUCACCUCCCUAUCUCGAAAAGAGAGGCCCACGCUCCCCAACCAGUCCACUGAUGGGGGGUGGAGGGGAGGGGGAGGAGGGGAAGCACACACCGUGGCAGCUCGACAGCUCAGACUGCAGGGGAGGAGCCGUGGGGAGGAGCCGUGGGGAGACUUGGUUCCAGACACCGCAUCACUUUACUUUGAUCCUCCUUAAGAUAACCGGGAGAUUAUGACAUUACCCUCAUGGCAUCUUUGCACUCUUCAUGGUUUGAUUUUUCAAGAGCAAGCGGGCAAGCAAACUAAAAGAUGAUGGGGUUCAACCUUUUAUGGAGAAUGGAUGUGGAGAAGAGGAUGAUUGGUUAAAAGAUAGACAUUUGCAUCGACAUGCAGAAUCUAUACAAGACUCACUGUCUUUUAUAUGUGUAAGAGGAUUUAUGUAAGAAUAGGAAAACAUAAACCAAAUACAGUAUCACUUCCAUGUCACAUAUGCAUGCAAUGUUUUGCUCCUCCUCUCGUCCAUGGCUUUUAUGGCAGUCUGCAAAUCAUUUUCUAACUGAUAAUGACAUCACUACAAUCCACUCUGGUCAGUCACCCAAUCAAAAUGGGAGGGACUACACUUGAAUGUAAGAGGGAAAUUAAUUGGAAUGGGUUGGGUUUGAAAUAACUGUCUUAAUUUGUUACAUGGACUUUCUAUGAAGUCGUUUCUGGGCCAGCAUUUUGCUAGCCUGCCGUGGUGUGUCCGUGUUUGUUAAAUCCAAUGCAUGUGAUUGAGCUGAGAGCUCCUGCAUGCUUGCCAAACUGCUUUAUUGUUGUUUAUUUUGUAUUAAUAUGUGUGGUUGUGUCUCAAUUAUGUCCUCAUCAACCUAGCCCUACCUUGUAUUUAUAAUGUAAUGUUAUGUGUAAGAAAAGUAACUUCUUUUUUUAUGUUUUGUGAUUUAUUUUUUUAUUCUUUAAAUAUGUAUUUAUUUAUUUAUUUGUUUGUUUAUUUAUUUAUUUAAAAGUCAGCUCAAGGUUGUUUUACCUUGAGUCUGUUUUUCCCCACUCUUGUGUGGUAAUAUGUGACAUGUUAUGUUCAAAUGGUUAACUGUCUGGUAGUUUGUUUUUGCGUGAAUCUCAAAGACCUAUGGUUUUUGAGGAGAGUGUCACAUACCAUUGCCUUGACUUCUUAUAGACUCUGAGAGGUCCCUAUGCUUGCCCUGUACAGGACAUGGGUACCACUUGCCCCUAGACAGGGCAUUGGUCCCUAUGUUAGCCCAUAUAUAGGGCAGUCAAAUCCAUAUUUUGGACUAUUACAUAUUCCUGUAUAUAAAGAGACGAGGUAAGGGGAUAUGAAGAUCCUUAAUCUUUUUCAUAAGAGGACUGUAUUUAAAUGAUAAAUUAUUUUACUCCCAUAAUAAUAACUUAUGACAGAGACCCGGGUACACAGGACAGAUGCAUUGCUUGUAAAUAAUGUAGAUAUUGAAAACCGUCAUGUGCAUGAGAAUUAAGACAAAGAAACAGCAAAAAGAACAUACAAAUGUUUAGUGGCUAUGGACUGUGAAAGGCUUUCAACUACUUCACUUUAAGAGUGUCUCAUAUAAGUGUUACUGAAAAAGAAAAUGUUGUUGAAGCAUGCCAUUGAAAAAUCUAAUGUUAGAAAUAUAAAGUGGGAAAGCAAAUUUAACAAUUAUCUUUCAAAACAUUUACACUUUGUGCUUUUGUUUCUGGGCUAGCAAAAAUUAAAUAUUUUGCCAGUGGUGCCAAUUUUAUGAAUGCUACUUUGCCUACAAGACGUUUAAAGGAUGGAAGAAUUCAUUAUAACUCAAAACAAAAUGAUAUCCAUAAAAUCAACUUUAGCAGCAACAUAAUGGGGAAGGAAUGAGAUGUGCAUAUAGGCCUGAGCAGUAACUGACCAGAUGGCAUUGGUCCAAGUCAGGUUGACUAACUGGUAUGAAUGAUGAUGGUGGAGUGAAUGCAGUGACAGAUCCAUGCAGAAUGAGUGGACUACAUUCAGGAGGGUUGUGCCUCAGCGACAUUCAGAUUACCACACAUGUAGAGCAUCAAGUCUGACCUCCAUCCAAAACGUUUGAUUCUUCAAAGAAUGUCUUCUUCAUCAUACCUUACUGUUCUCCCUUCUCCUCACGGUACUGCCAUUUCACAACCUGUGCAAAAUUCUGGAUUUUUUUUUGUUUAGAAAGUGCCUGUUCACACUAAGAAAGUGCAAGUUUAGGAGCUAUGUUUACCCUUGUAAGGGUUAGCAGAUUAUUUAAUUUCCUAAAUUGUGUGUGAACAACUAUGCUCAAGGCAAGUCUUUAAUGUUGUAUCUUGAUGAACUUUCCAAAUUCUAGUUUGUCAGUCAGUUAUGUUUCUCUGGAAGAUCAACUUUUUUUAUCCCUGUUCAAUUUAAUUGAUCCCAAUAUAAAUGAGUUUGAUCUUGCCAUGUAUUCCCCUAUGGCAAAGUGAAGGAGACACGUUUUCUUUCCACACAAGCAUAGGUCUAUUAGUGUAGGAUUAGACAGUGCAUGUUCACACAUGUACAUUGGGUCAGUUAUGCCAGAAUGUUGAGCAACAAAAUGCUGUCUUGCAUAAAAAAAUGCCAAUUUAUGAAUCUCAACUGCAGCGUAAGAUGUCCACUGUCACUAAGGCCUACUCACAUUUAGCAAUCCAGUGUUGAUAAGGUGUGUAUUUCUGCAUGUACAUGUGAGUCAGUCUCAGUAAUGUUCUUCCAACAUUUUACAUUAAAGUGUAUUCUAAGUACCGUAACAAACACAUUCUAAACAUAAGUACAUCAGCUCAAUCUUUCUGAAUUGUACACACAAACACACACACACAUAUACACAAACACAUACAGUGUUGCUCUUCCUCUCUCUAUUCUUAUGUCUUAGGGACGAGUUAAAACUCUCUA